UAAGCAUGAUGUCAUUCUGUCUCUUAAACGUGCUCUAUCUUAAGAUAUGAAAGAAAUUAUUUGGAAUCACAAGAACCUAAUAACUUCUCGCAUCUUCAGCCCGGAAAAUACCGAGUUAACGUCAUAUUUAAAACGCUAGCUUGCAUGUGUACCGUUGUGACAGUAGGUCUUAUCAGCUUUUCGUUGUGCUUUAACUAAUGUUUACGCUCAAUAUAAGACAAUAACCUAUUUAAUCGUCGAGGAAAGGAGUGUCGUAUGGAUCGAUACAACGAGGUGAAGCUUCUGCUGAAAAAGUGGGAGCAGGGUUUCGUCUCUCAACAUCAGAGGAAGCCAAACAAGGAUGAUAUUGAUCAAGCUCCAGAGGAGACAAAAGAGCUGUACAAAGAGUACCGCAGCUUAAAAAAAGCAAACGAAAACAGCAGCAGUGAUGCACCUGAACCGUCCAAAUCUUCAGCUGGGGUCACAACAACCCAGAAGGUCGAAAAGGAGUCAGGUUGCUGGGGUGCCCACCUGAACAGAAGUAAACUUCCUACAUCUUCUCCCAGACUGACCCAAGAGGACAGAGACAGCCUGAAAGCCUCUGCUCAAUACUAUGGUCUGAAGCUUAAAAACAACCUGUCUACACUCAGCAAGGAGAGACCAGUCUCGCUGAGGAAAUCCUCUACUCCUGGCCGGGUACCUUUUAACUCCUUGAAAGAUGGAGGGAUUGGACAGACAAACAGCACUGCUGCAGCUGCUGCCACUGUCAAGACAGCUUUGGCGGUUUCUGUAUCUAGCCCUUUCUCACCAAGAGGGGGGAAGUCUCACCAACAACCCCUGGAUUCACUGCCUCAACAUCCAGCAGAGCCUGAAGACCAGUUUGAAUCAUUUGAGCCUUUCAGAGAGCCUUGUGAAGAGCUUUCAGGUGCCUCCAGUAGUUGCAAUAACAAUACUGACAGCAAGAGUCGUAUUUGUAAAGUUAUCAGUCCCCAGAAUGAAAUUGUCACUGCUUUACCCUUCUCUCCAGCUAGAUCUUCUCCUCUAUUGUUGUCAUUAUCUUCUCCACGUAGUACAGGGACGUCAAGAGGAGGUGUUGGAACAACUGAGGAGUUAGAUGAAAGUCUAGGAGCUUCAGAAGACAAAAAAGAAAACUUUGAAGCAGUGCAAACUCCACAUAAGGGUACUGGUUUUUCAAAUGGCUUCAGAGGAAGCCCACAGAUUCUUGGAGGUGUCAGGGGAAAAGUGGGAGGAAGGCCCUCUCCUGCCAGCAGGCUGAGUUUUGUUGAUAGAAAGUGGUUGGAGAGGUGUCAGGUGUUUGGAGAGAUGGAGGCUGAGAUGCCUGGAGCGGGCAACCAGGAGAUAAAACCAGAGAAAAGAGAAGAGAGAAAAAAAGGAUGUGAAACUGAAGAAAAGAUGCGUGGAGAAGAAGAUGUUAGUAAAAUCGAAAUAGAUGCAGUGGAAGACAGAAAGGCAGUAAACGAUGAAGGGAUUAAAAUCAUUUCUAGUGACAGUACAGCUAAUAAUAGUGUUUUAAAAAAGGCUUCAAAACCCAGUGGGAAAAGCAGAGGAGGAGGAGGCGAAGAAAAACUGAAAAAGAUGGAAAGUGAAGAGACAGGUGGAGGACUAAUGCCGCCUUUAAUGCCAGAUGACAUGGAGAGUGGUUGCAAGUCUAAAGUGACUAAGAAGAAAGGCACAAAAAGGCAGAGAGAGGGCGAGAACAUCGAGGGAGAGACCACAGAGGAGGGAGGGGUGAAGAAGAAGCGAAGGAAUGGCAAAAAGACAGAAGAGAGCUCUGAUGGAAAGACCAGUCCAGGACCAGAGGGAGGGAAGAAAAGAAAAGUCAAGAAGAAGGAAGAUGAAGACGGAGAAGAAAAAGAAUCCAAGACAUCAAAUAAGGCUCCUCAGGAGAACUUGUUGGGAGAAAUAGAAGAGGAAUAUGAGACUAAGAGGAUGUAUCACCGUCAGCCUAUCAGACCCAAAAAUAACAAAGGUGCAGAGGGAAACUUCGUGAAAAUAAAUCUGAAGAAGAAAUCUCAUGUGAAAGGAUAUGCUCUUAGAGGUGUUGGUCUACGUAAACAGCUCUACAUGCAAAAGUUCCAGCUGAAAGGCGAGCGCUUUGGUGGAGGCGGUGGAUUUUUUGGAAGAGGAAGGAGAGGCGGAUUCAGAGGCGGGUUCAAUCGACAAGGUGACACAUGCUACAAAUGUGGAGGGACGGGACACUGGGCCAUCGACUGUAAGGGACGAGCUCCUCCGCCUCCUGUUUCUGAGGACACGCCUGCUGAAGAGGAGCCGUUUGAACUGCCCACGCUGGAGGAAGUUGCCAGGGCAACUGGGACGCUGCACCCUGAGCCACUGGUUGCAUCUCCAAGUGUCCAAGAACAGCAGUCGUACCCAGACAAAGAGCUGGACAGUAGCCAAAGAGAGGAGGUCUUGCUGAACGUGAUCCGUCCUGACUAUGAGCGUCCAGCUCCUCCGCCACCGAUGGAGCCACUUUUUCACCUCGGAGAGGAUGGAAAAGUCCAGGAAACACCUGCUGAGGUGUACGCAGCUCUGAAAGACCUCGGGUACCAGUCAUUUAGAGCAGGACAAGAAGAGGCCAUCAUGAGGAUCCUCUCAGGUCUGUCUACCCUUGUGGUGCUGUCUACAGGGAUGGGUAAAUCGUUGUGUUAUCAGCUCCCUGCUUACAUGUACGCUCAGCGAUCAAAGAGCAUCACUUUGGUAAUUUCACCUCUGGUGUCACUCAUGGACGAUCAGCUGUCUGGUCUGCCAGGAAAGCUGAAGGCAGCUUGUAUCCACUCCAACAUGACCAUGAAACAAAGAGAAGCUGCCAUAGAAAAGGUGAAAGCAGGCCAGGUGUGUGUGCUGCUCCUCUCUCCAGAGGCUCUGGUUGGUGGAGGUGGUUCAGGUUCAGGGUGUCUGCCCUCGGCUCAGGAGCUCCCCCCUGUGGCUUUUGCCUGUAUCGACGAGGCGCACUGUGUGUCAGAGUGGUCGCACAACUUCAGACCCUGCUACCUACGACUCUGUAAGGUACUAAGGGAGCGUUUAGGAGUGCAGUGUUUGCUUGGACUCACGGCUACAGCCACCUUGUCCACGGCUCUGGACAUUGCACGACAUCUGGACAUCACUGAUCAAGAUGGCAUCGCAGUCCGAUCUGCAGCGGUGCCUCCUAAUCUCUACCUGUCUGUGUCCACAGACCGAGAAAAGGAUCAGGCUUUAGUGUCCUUGUUAAAGGGUGAUCGAUUUGGUUGUUUGGACUCCAUAAUCGUCUACUGCACUAGACGAGAGGAAACCACUCGUGUUGCAGCGCUGCUCAGAACCUGCCUACAGGGGAUGCUGUUAAAAGAAAAUAAAUUCAUCAACAGCAGUCAGACACUAAACAACCCAGUGGGGCAGAAAAAGAAAGAAUUGGCAAGAAAGAAGAUCCGUAAACCUCUGAAAUGGCAGGCUGAGUCAUACCACGCAGGCUUGUCUGCGUCUGAGCGCCGUCGUGUACAGAACAACUUCAUGUGUGGAGAGCUCAGGAUCGUGGUGGCCACAGUGGCCUUUGGCAUGGGCCUCGAUAAGUCUGACGUCCGUGGUAUCGUCCACUACAACAUGCCAAAGAGCUUUGAGAGCUACGUUCAGGAGAUUGGGAGGGCAGGAAGAGAUGGAGAGCCGGCACACUGUCACCUCUUUCUAGAUCCUGAGGGUGGAGACCUCCAUGAGCUCCGUCGUCACAUCUAUGCUGACACAGUGGACUACUACACAGUGAAGAAACUGGUCCAGAAGGUUUUUCCUCCUUGUAAAUGUAAACGGAUACACCAGAGACAACAGGAGCUAGUGAAGAAAAAAGAAGAAAUAGAAGAUUCAGAGCUUCUGGAGCUGAUGGAUGUGUGCGAUCAGGAGAGCAGUGUGAACCCUCCCGCACAGCAGGAAGUGUUACCGACAGAAACACCAGCAGCGCCUACUGAAAAGGAGACGUCACUUCCUGAGGCAGUGGACACUCCCCUUUCUGAAAUCAGAGAUGAAGAAAAGAAAAAGGAGAAAGAGGAGGAUGAAGUUAAACGUGAAGAAGCUGAUGGUUCCCUGGUGCACAAAGAUGUAGAGGUGAAAAAAGGCAGUGAUUGGCUGAGGGAGCAGGAAGAGGAGAGCAGCGAUUGGCCCACGAAGCGAGUUUGUCACACGCAUGAGAGAGCGAUUCCCAUUCAGGAAACUGUCGAGGCUUUGGACAUCACAGAGGAAGGUGUAGAAACUCUCCUCUGCUACCUGGAACUUCACCCCCAGCGCUUUGUUGAACUCCUCCACCCAACGCUGUCCGUCUGUAAAAUCAGCUGUUAUGAGGGGCCGAGGCAGCUGCAGAAAAUCACAAAAAUUUGUCCUCCAGUUGCUGUUGUUUUGGCCAGGAGGAGGAUGGCAGGCGAGCGAGUGGAGUCAUGUGAUCAGCUGGAGUUUGAUGUGGUUGAAGUCGCUGACACGAUGGGAUGGGAACUUCCUCUGGUGAAAAGAGGACUCAGACAGCUGCAGUGGAGCACUGGCAAAGCUGGUGGCCGUAGCGGUGUCCAGGUUGAGUUCACCUCCAUGUCUUUCUAUUUCCGUUCUUAUGGUGACCUCAGCGAUGAAGAGAUGGACAAAGUUUGUCAGUUUCUCCAUAAUCGAGUUCAAAACCAAGAGAGAACCCAGCUCUACCAGCUGUCUGCAUGCUUUAAAGCCUUCAAAAGUGUUGCGUACCGCAGUGUAUCGUCCUGUGUGGAUGAUUUGGAUGAGAGUCGCAGUCUCCAGCUGAAAAGUCUUCUCUCUGAAUAUUUUGAAAAGAGGCGAGACAGAAGCCAAACACUCGCACCAGUGGACACAGAGGAGCUCGACAAAUAUAAAUUUUUGGACUGGGAGAAUCAGAUCAGAGCAGACAUCAGAAGUUUCCUUUCCCAACGAAGUGAUGAGAAAUUCUCAGGAAGAGCUGUGGCCAGAAUCCUGCAUGGGAUAGGCAGUCCUUGUUUUCCUGCUCAAACUUACGGCAGAGACAGACGCUACUGGAGGAAGUACAUCCAGUUUGAUUUCAACCAGCUCAUCAAACUGGCCACUCAGGAAAUCAUCCGCUUUAAGUGAGCGUGCCUUUAAACAAACACGCAGCAUGUAGAGACACAGGUCGACUCAAGUCCACACUUCACACACUCUCUCACAUUCCUGAAGUUCGGUUAUCAUCCAAAAAAACACCUGUUUUUGUUUGUUUAACCUCAUUAUCAGGUCUGAUUAUUUGAUCU